GCGCUGAGAGUGGCGAAAGGUUAGGGGUCAAGGCUUAGCCUGGGCUACACUCAAACAACCUCUAACCUCAUAAAUGUUAGUACCUGUACCUAGGCAAAGGGGAAGAGCUGCACGAACCAGGUUCAGCUUAUUCAGGUACGUGGUAUCCCGGCGGCCGGUCAUCGUACUCGAGUACUGUCCCCUUGCACUAAUAUGGGUCGAUAUUCAUCACCAGAAUGCCAUUGCUCCUUCACAACCUGCUCCGAGCGCCGCCAAUUCUGAUCCAACAUAGAACCUUGACCCGCUACACAGCUCUGAAAGAAGCACCACGCCGCAUGUCGACGUCCACGUUCGGGAGAGCGCGGGCUCUCGCGGAGGCAAACGAGCCUCAGUGGUCUCCGGGGACGGAUGAAGCCACAAAGAAGGAGGCUUUGGGGUUGAUCUCCGGGGGAAAAUGGUCGCUUAGCGCCACCCGAAUGGGGAUAGAGCGUGAGUUCAAGUUCAAGACUUUUGCAAAAACCAUGGUACGUGUCGGCUGCUCUGCAUUGCACUGUGCAAGUACGAAAGGGUUGUGUCAAGGAUGGGGAACCCAGUGUUCAUUGACUGAGGGGAGAUAGAUUUUCAUCAACCAAAUUGCGGACCAGUGCAAAGUCAGGAAACAUCACCCGGACUGGGCAAAUGUGGGCGAAAAUUCUCUACCUUUACUUGCCGAAUGGCAAUUGCAUGGAGCGCCAUGGCUAUCAAGGGUCCGGUCGCGAAACUAACUUGAGAGAAUCUAUCCUUUUCUGGGUAAGAAUUAGGUCUACAACAAAGUCACCAUCCGCUGGACAACUCACAGUCCGGAAGGCCUAUCCUACAAAGACGUAGAGAUGGCCAAGUUCUGCGACGGUAAAGGUGCAGAGUUGGGGGAAAUUGGUGAGGGGAAGUUCGAGAGAGAGGCGGAUAAAUAGCAAGUACCGGUACCGGUAGUGCGCAGGGUGGAAAUGUCCUGGGCAGUCCGCUACCGGUAGGAGAAGGGGUGCAGGAGUGCGGGCCUUAUUCAGGCCGCCCAGAGGCCUCGAAAUGCCCUUGGGGGGAGAGUAGGGGAGGGACGAGAAAGGAGGAAUUGAACAGUUGUCUAGUUCAGCCAGAUAACGGUAACGAUAGCAGCAGCAUUAUUACCGUUCCGUGUAGUUUCUUCGCUCCUUUUCUGUAGAAAAAUGUCACCAGCAAAGUUGCAACG